AUGCAUAAUCAUCUCCAAACUUACUGGCAAGCACCCAAACAUGUUUUUCGCUAUCUGAAAGGAACCAUCCACCAUGGCCUAGUUCUAAAUUGCUACUCCUCUCUCACUGUCUCUGUCUUCUCAGACUCAGAUUGGGGUGGGGUUUACAAUGCUGGUCGAUCAACUACAAUUUACCUACUAUACGUUGGCACAAAUAUUGUCUCGUGGAAAUCGACAAGGCAACAAUCGGUUUCACGUUCCUCUAUAGAGGAUGGACACAAAGCAAUAUCAAAUACGCCAGUUGAACUCAUAUCGCUAAAGAACUUGUUAUAUGAAUCGGGUAUCCCUAUAACUUCAACUCGAACGUUAUUUUGUGACAACAAAAGAGUUACAUAUAAGUGUGCAAACUUAGUCUACAACUCACGAAUGAAGCAUGUGGCUCUUGAUUAUCAUUUCGUUAGGGAGUAG